AUGGCGCCGACGUUUCCUCCUCCGCCUGUGAAUACGAUAGACUGGAACGACAUCGGGUUUCGCGUGCGCGAGGUAAACGGCCACAUCGAGGCCCACUACAGCGUCAAGACGGGGAAAUGGACGGAGCCGGAGUUCGUGACGGAUCCGUACCUGCGGAUCCAUGGCAUGGCGCCGGGGCUGAACUACGGCCAACAAUGCUACGAAGGUCUCAAGGCGUUUCGCGCCCCCGACGACAAAUCCAUCCAUAUCUUCCGCCCGCGCAUGAACGCUGAGCGCAUGCAGCACUCGGCGAGCUUCAUUUCGAUCCCGGAGGUGCCGGUUGAGCUUUUUGAAAAAUCGGUCCACGCCGCCGUCGCCCUAAACGCCGCCUUCGUCCCUCCCCACGCCACAGGCGCGGCGAUGUACAUCCGGCCCCUCCUCCUCGGCACCUCCGCGCAACUCGGCCUCAACCCGCCCGAAGAAUACACCUUCCUCGUCUUCGUGCUCCCCGUCGGCGUCUACCACGGCGUGCGUCCCGUCGCCGCCUUGAUCCUCGAGGAGUUUGACAGAGCCGCGCCGGAGGGGACAGGCAGCGCGAAGGUCGGCGGGAAUUAUGCGCCGGUGCUGAGGUGGAGCGAACGCGCGAGGGGGGAGGGGUUCGGGAUUACGCUGCAUUUGGAUAGUAGGGAGAGGAGGUGGGUGGAUGAGUUUAGCACGAGUGGGUUUGUGGGGGUGAAGGGCUCGGGUCAGGAGGGGGAGAGGGGGACGACGCUGGUGGUGCCGGAUAGCAAAAACGUGAUUAAGAGCGUGACCAGCGAUAGCGUGUGUCGCCUUGCGGAGAGCUUUGGGUGGAAGGUCGAGUGCAGGCCCAUCCCCUACACCGAACUCCCCGCCUUCACAGAAGUCAUGGCGGCAGGCACAGCCGCCGCCCUCGUCCCCAUCAAGAGCAUCACCCUACAAUCGAAGAACGAUAAAUUUGUCUACCGCGAUGAGAGCGAUGAGCCCGGCCCGGUGUGUACGAAACUGCUCACCACGCUCAAGGGGAUUCAGCAGGGCAAGAUUGAGGAUAGCUUUGGCUGGUUGAGUCGGGUCAGCGAGGAGAGUCUUGGGGUUGGGAAGGCGGGGGCGAGGGGAGAGGGGAAGAGGGACGAGGCGAAUGGGAUGGUUGAUAAACUGCCCUAG